ACUUUAAAUAUAAGAAAAAAUAGAAUUUUCUGUGAAUUACACAUGUCGGGCUUUAGACUUAAAUUAAUUUGCAAAAUUAGAAAUGAAAGGCAACUACUACGUUUUAAUAUUUACAACUUUUCGUAGUGCAAGUUUGAGAGGGAAAAAAUAGUUGUUGGAAAGUUUACGCCCGUUUUUAAUGAGUUUAGUCCACCUUAAAAAAAGUGGGCGGGCUUAAGCGUAGGGCAGCCAAUGGGCGGCCGUGUUCGUGUUUAAAUAGCUCCGUGUGUCAAUCAUUGCUCCCUCCCUCCCCCUCCCCUCCCGACUCCCUCUACAUCUCUCAAUCGCCAUAUUGGGUACUGAGAGGUUGUCUGUAUUUUCUCUCAGUGCGGGACGAAAUUGACAGAGCGGACUUCAGCUCCCGAGCAACUUUUUGUUUUGAUGAAUCUGCGAAGUACUAUCUGCAGCCCCGGAGCACCGCAGCAGCGUCUAGCGUGGCAUAAUUAGUUUCACACCUGUUUUGGAGCUUUUCACCGCAAACGAGGAGACCCCCUCCCUUUCCCCCACACCCCUUGUUUUUGGGUUAAUUUUAUUUAUUUAUACAUUUUUUUCCUUUUUUCUUUUUUUAUUUAUCCGUUUUCAAAAGUGGUGCAUUUUUUUAAUUUAUUUUUUUUUAAACUGGACGCUGUCAGCUGUGAGGAAAGUGUGACUUUUUAAUAAGAUGUCACACGUUCGCCUCUCGAGCGGGAGUCCGCCGCUGGAGCGGCCGGAGCCGCCGCCGCGGCGGGCGGAGCAGCCGAAGCCGUCCGCCUGCAAGAGCCUCUUCGGCUCCGUGAACCACGACGAGCUGCAGAAGGAUUUACGCGGACACCUGCGGGAGCUGGAGGAGGCCGCCGUCAAGAAGUGGGGCUUCGACUUCGCCCGCGACAAGCCGCUGUCCGCCGCCGCCGCCGCUGCUGCAUCCGACGGCGGCGGCGGCUGCAGGCUCGAGUGGGAUUUAGUGGACGGCAGCGACAUGCCGGAUUUCUACACCCGGCAGCCCCGCAGGGAGAGGAGGAGUGUCUGCUCCGGGAAUAAUAACAAUGUGGAUCUAAACGGGAAUCAUAGUUGCGUUGUGAUGAUGGCUCCGACGAGUGAAGACAACAGCAGCCAUAGGGAGUGCACGGAGCAGUGCACCGGGCUGAGGAAAAGACCCGCAUGUCACGACUCCUCAGCCCAGAAUAAGAGGUCACACACCAGCACAGAGGAGGUUAGUUGUCCAAGCCUGAGCCAUUCUGCAGAACAUACACCCAGAAAGACCAGUCCCAAGAGACAAACGUGAGGACCAGAUACGAGAUGAAGAUGCACCCCCCAGCCCUUUUUUUUUUCUUUUUUUUUUUUUUAAAUGUAUACAAACGCUGGAAACCUCAGUGUUGGCCGUUUUUUGGGACAAGGAUCUACGCAGCAUCAGAAAAACAUAUCAGCUCUCCUGAAGACGGGGGAGGACGCUGUUGAAGCACUGAAUAGAAACACUAAAGUUGUGGCACUCAAUUAAAUGUUACUGCCUCUAACAGCAGUCAAUGUAGCAGUGUGCAAUUAGGUUUGAUUUCCUUUUUUGCUCCUUUGUUUAAUUUACUACCUGUGUGUAAAUAAAUAAAAAUAUAUAUGAUGUUUCUCUCCAUAUGUAGCACAUAAAACAUUGAUACAAAAACAAAUAGAUUCUUUAUGGAAAAAAGGUGUGAAUUUUGAUUUGACUUGAAGAAUUGCAGUGUAGUUUGAGAGAUGUUUCCAAAAUGCUGUUUUUGUUUUGUUUUGUGUUUUCCCUGAAAGGCAGUGUGUUCUUGAUGCAGUCCCUAAGUGCUAAAUUUAAAGAAAAUCAUGGCUUCUUACAGUUUCUUAACAGUGCGCUUUCACUCCGUCAUCUUCCUAACUCAGCAGUGAAAAAAAAAAAUGGUACAAAUGUAGCUCAUCUGAAUAAUGAUGAUUUUUAUUUAAAACAUUUUUAUUUUAUUUUUAUUCUGCCCCUUUUGGUCAGGAAGUUCUCCAUAACCAAGGUCACCAGGAAAUGGUAUAGAAAGUUUGUUUUUUUUGGUUUAAAAAAAAUAUUUAAAUUAGGGAUGCUUGUAGCAUCAG